AUGUUUUAUGAAGCGAACCUGUUCUUCUUCCUGCUUUCCAAUGCAGGCCUGCUCGCACUUCAGUAUCGCCGCGAGAAGCAGCGUGAGCGCAAAGCGGCCAGCACCGUUGUCGAGCAGCCGAAAGAUGUUGAGGCCGAAGAGGCGACCCUCGACGGCGAGCUGGAGAAUGUAUCCAACGGGGUCGAGGCCAACAGCGACACCGUGCGGACAUUUCAGCUGAACUUCUUCAUCCCUUAUGCUUUGGCAGUCGCCGCAGACUGGCUACAAGGCCCGCACAUCUACGCCAUCUACAAGUACGAGAAGGACAUCCCCGAACAGACCGUGGCCAUGCUCUACGCCACUGGCUUCGUAUCUGGCGGCAUCAGCGCCUCGUUUGCAGGCAGCCUGGCAGACCGGUAUGGCCGCAAGCAGGCCUGCCUGCUCUACUGCUGCCUGUACGUGGUUACGUGUAUGACAAUGCUGAGCGACAACCUGGCAGUUCUAUUCUUCGGGCGGCUGUGCGGCGGUGUCGGCACGACUCUGCUCUUCAGUGUCUUUGAAGCCUGGGUCAUCUCCGACUACCACAACAAGUGCCUCGAGUUGAGUGGGCUCAAGCUCGGGUCUGUCUUCCCGGCCAUGACAACCAUCAGCUGCGUCGUGGCCAUCAUCUCCGGCGUCUUUGGCGAGUUUCUCGUUUCGCUGUUUGGCAGUCGGCAGUGGCCGUUCGUGGCAUCGAUUGGCUGCAGUGGUGGCGCCGCUUACUUCAUCUCGAGGCUCUGGAAAGAGAACUACGGCAGCAAGAUGACAGCCGACAAGGCCGCGCUCUACGAGAUCCGCGCUGGCAUCCAGGCCAUCAUCCAAGACCGCCGCAUGCUGGCGAUCGGACUGACAUCGUGCUUCUUCGAGGGCACCAUGUACCUUUUCAUCUUCUUCUGGACCGCGGCGCUCAAGUCGGUCCGGCUGGCAGCCGACGUCGAAGAGGAGCCGCCCUACGGCAUCAUCUUUGCGUGCUUCAUGUGCUCGAUGAUGGUCGGGUCCACGAUAUUCACGCUCAAGGGCACCGCCAAGAGCACGGGCCUGUCCACAAGCAUGCUCCUCAAGGUCACGGGUGUCGUGAGCUGCUGCCUGUCGAUCGCCGUCAUGGCCAAGUCCGAGUGGCUCCUCUUCUGGACGCUGUGCCUCAUCGAGGGCUGCAUCGGCGCCUACUUCCCCAGCAUGGCAUAUCUCAAGAGCGAGUUCAUCGAGGAUGGCAUCCGCGGCACCAUCUACAGCAUCCUGCGGUUCCCGCUGAACGUGUUUGUCGUUGUGGCCCACAGCCUCGACGUGGAAGGCGACGCACAUCGUAACCACGUAUUCUUGACCUGCGCUGGGCUACUGCUUGUUGCCUUCCUCAUGACGCAGAAGUAUCUCCCAGCCAAGGCUUGAGAAGUAUACUUGCAGUCAUCGUUAAAUGUUCAGUUAAAUGUUGAGAUGAUCUGAUCAUCCGAGCAUGGGCUCAAAAUCUUGCAGUUAAGAAUAUACGCUGCGAUAAGGACCUUUCUCAUGCACUCAAGCUCUCUGGGGAACCGGUUGAAAGUAGAAGCAUUUUUCAACGCGGUAAUUAAAAAUUAUGGUGUCACGACAGGAAAAGACGGAUGACAAGGGUAUCGGUUCCUUGCGGAAGUUAGUCAAUACCGCAAACGAGCCAGAUGUAUUCAGGAGUAGCAUCACCAAGACAGCCGCGUGUGAAACCUCAGACAAUAGACCCUAAAUCCUUCAAA